AUGUCGCCUAAUGCAAAACAACAAAAGAACGAAAAGUUCGGGCAUCUCCCUCUAUCGACUUCCGGGCCACAAGAGACUAGCUUGACGGGAAAUGCGCUCCUUCGAACGCCAUACUUCAACAAAGGCUCGGCAUUCACAAAAGAAGAACGCGAUACAUUCAAGCUCCAUGGCCUUCUUCCCUCUAACAUUCAAACUCUCGAUGAGCAGGUCAAGCGUGCAUAUGCGCAAUACAGGUCUCGUCCGAACGACCUCGCCAAGAACACCUUCAUGACGAGUAUGAAGGAGCAAAACGAGGUCCUAUACUACAGACUGAUUCUUGAUCACCUUAAGGAGAUGUUCUCCGUCAUCUAUACCCCUACCGAGGGUGAGGCAAUUGCUGAUUACUCCAAAAUCUUCCGAAGACCCGAAGGUUGCUUUCUCAAUAUAGACGACAUGGGUCGCGUUGAGGACGACAUCAAGCAAUGGGGCGGCCCUGAGGAUAUUGACCUGAUAGUCGUAAGCGAUGGACAGCAGAUACUGGGUAUUGGAGAUCAAGGUGUAGGAGCCAUCCUGAUCAGUGUGGCGAAACUCGUCAUCUACACACUAUGCGCAGGCAUACAUCCCUCACGAACACUUCCGGUGGUCCUUGACUGUGGCACAGAUAACGAGGAUCUCUUGAAUGACGAGUUAUAUCUUGGCCUGAGAAAACCACGAGUGUCUGGCGAAAAAUACGACCAGUUCGUCGACACGUUUGUGAAGGCCGCACGAAAGCAGUACCCCAAAGCCUACAUUCAUUUUGAGGACUUUGGUUUGGACAAUGCGCGAAGGAUUCUCGACAAGUAUACUCCUGAAAUCGCAUGCUUCAAUGAUGAUGUUCAAGGAACUGGUUGUGUCACGCUUGCAGCUAUCAUGGCAGCUUUCAAAGUCAGCGGUACUAAGUGGGACGAGGCUCGCUUUGUCAUGUUUGGAGCAGGCUCAGCAGGAACCGGAAUUGCGGACCAGAUUCGGGAUGCCAUUGUCCAGAAUACCGGAAAAUCAGACGACGAAGCGAGUCGUCAAAUUUGGUGUGUCGACAAGCCAGGCCUUCUUCUGCAGGGGAAGAAAGACCAGCUUACCCCUGCCCAAAUGCCCUUUGCGCGCACAGACAAGGAGUGGGAAGGAAAAGAUCAUGGGGAUCUAUUCUCUGUUAUCAAAGAAGUGAAGCCGCAUGUUCUCAUAGGUACAUCGACCAAGCCAGGCGCUUUCACAGAAGAUGUCGUCCGUGAGAUGGCCAAACACGUCGAGCGCCCUGUCAUUUUCCCACUGUCUAACCCUACCAAACUCCAUGAAGCCAAACCCCAGGAUCUGUAUGAUUGGACAGAUGGAAAAGUAUUAGUGGCGACUGGUUCACCUUUCGACCCAGUUAAGUACAACGGAAAAGAAUAUGAGAUAUCCGAAUGCAACAACUCCGUAACAUUUCCAGGUAUUGGACUUGGCGCAGUUCUGUCCCGUACUCGCCUGAUGACCCCCGCACUUCUUGUCGCCGCUGUCCAAGCUCUAGCUUCCGCAGCUCCAGUAGUUAACAAUGACGGGGCCGGUCUCCUCCCCGACGUUAAAGAUGUCCGAGAGAUCAGCGUACAAAUUGCCAAGAAUGUGAUAAAGAAGGCAGUGGAAGAUGACCUGGCGCAAGAAAAGAAUAUACCAAGUGAUGAUGCAGAGUUGGAAGAAUGGAUCAGAGAGCAGAUGUGGGAAGCGGAGUACAGACCGUUGAAGCUUGUUGAGCAUGACAAGGCGGAUGCACAUGCGAAGGGAGAGGCCGGAACAGCAUCAGGACAGAGAGAGGCAAGGUUUGAUUCCUAG